UCCAAGUUCACAGGCUGGCAGGAGGUUUGCGGGAUUUGCAAAUAGUGCAGCCAUGGAGCGAAGGAGAAAGACGGCCGUCGCCAGUUUGCUUUGCAUUUCUGCACUAUGGGAUGCCUGUCGGGCAUUAGACGGCGGAAUGCUCUAUCCCAGAGAAUCAUUGUCUCGGGAAAUAAAAGAACUGAAUGGGCUGUGGAGCUUCAGGGCCGAUUUUUCACGGAACAGGAACUUGGGCUUUGAAAAGGCAUGGUUCAAGAGUCCCUUGGCAGAGACAGGUCCAGUGAUAGACAUGCCUGUGCCUGCCAGCUUCAAUGACAUCACUCAGGAGCGACGGCUGAGGGACUUCAUUGGCUGGGUGUGGUAUGAGCGGGAGGUGCUGGUCCCAGGACGCUGGGUGUCUGACAAGGGACUGAGGAUAGUGCUGAGGGUGGGAAGUGCACACUACUACUCCAUUGUAUGGGUGAAUGGAGUGCAGGUUACGGAACACGAGGGGGGUCACCUUCCCUUUGAGGCUGAUAUCAGCAGCGUGAUCCGAUCUGGCCCCAGCAUAUCCUGUAGGAUCACCAUUGCAGUCAACAACACCCUUACCCUCCAGACCCUGCCCCCAGGGACCAUCCAGUACAUGAACGACCCUACAAAGUACCCAGCUGGAUAUUUUGUGCAGAACACAAACUUUGAUUUCUUUAACUAUGCGGGAAUACAUCGUCCUGUGUUACUAUACACAACUCCCAAGGCGUACAUUGAUGACAUCACAGUGGGAACUAGCUUUGCAGACAAUAUAGGUGUAGUAAACUACCAGGUGUCUGUCCUGGGCAGCCAGAACCCCACAGUGAAGGUGAUGCUGUCAGAUAAGGACGGUCGAUGUGUGGCUACCUCAGAUGGACCUUCUGGGAUUCUGAAAGUUGUGGAUGUCAACCUCUGGUGGCCUUACCUGAUGCAUGAAAACCCUGGAUACUUGUACUCUUUGGAGGUGCACAUGAAAGGAGAGAAUGGCAGUGCUCAGUAUGAGGAUUUCUACACGCUGCCAGUGGGAAUCCGCACAGUACAGGUCACCAAUACGCAGUUCCUAAUCAACAACAGGCCCUUCUACUUCCAUGGAGUGAACAAGCACGAGGACUCUGAUAUCCGAGGGAAGGGCCUGGACUGGGCCCUUAUCGUGAAGGACUUCAACCUGCUGAAGUGGCUGGGGGCCAACUCGUUCCGCACCAGCCACUACCCCUACGCGGAGGAGAUCCUGCAGCUGUGCGACCGCCACGGCAUCGUGGUCAUAGACGAGUGUCCGGGCGUGGGCAUCAAAGACAUCCGCAGUUUCGGAAAUGCGUCUCUCGCUCACCACCUGGUGGUUAUGGAGGAGCUGGUGAGAAGGGACAAGAACCACGCCUCUGUGGUCAUGUGGUCUGUGGCCAAUGAACCGGCUGCUGAGAUGCCCCCUGCUGGCGCCUACUUUAAGACAUUGAUAUCACAUACCAAGUCACUGGACCCCUCUCGCCCUGUCACCUUCAUUACAGACAGCAACUUUGCCAGGGAUAAAGGGGCUCCAUAUGUGGACGUCAUUUGCGUGAACAGCUACUUCUCGUGGUACCAUGACCCUGGACACCUGGAGGUCAUCCCCAUCCAGCUGAGGACACAGUUUGAGAACUGGUACAAGAAGUACCAGAAGCCCAUCAUUCAGAGCGAGUACGGGGCCGACGUGGUGCCGGGCCUGCACACUGACCCUCCCAUGAUGUUCACAGAGGAGUACCAGAAAAUCGUCCUGCAGAAUUACCAUGACGUCUUCGACGAGAAGCGGAAAGAUUACGUCAUCGGCGAGCUCAUCUGGAACUUUGCAGAUUUUAUGACAGCACAAACCAUCACUCGCGUCGUGGGGAACAAGAAGGGCAUCUUCAGCCGCCAGCGGCAGCCCAAAGCGGGGGCGUUCAUCCUGAGGGAGAGGUACUGGAGGCUGGCCAACCAAACGGGCCUGCUCCCCACCUGGGCCAGGUACCCCUGUCUGUGAGGCCGACAGCUGGCUGCCGCGGGUCCCUCGCUGUCGCAGGAGCCGGAGGUUAACGUGGACACACCGGCACGCGGGUAGUUCUUUCACACAGUGCCUUGUCUCUGCCAGAAUGCAGUACCCCAUUUUUCAAUCGAUUCAGCUGCGGCCUCUCAUAUUAUCCUGGGGUCAGGUUUUUAAAAAGAAAUUAUUCAGGGAUGUUUCGCUUGAAUGUGAAUCGACGGUUUUAUUAGUUGUACCUGUCUGUACAGAUAGCAUGAUUCACUUUUUUUAACUUUUAUGCAGAUAAACAAAUACUGCUUCCUCCAGCAUUACUGUCGACAGGGCACAUGUCUAAGGGGCUGACAGACAGGUUGAACGGAGUGUCUACCUCAUAUCGUUCUUGCGUAUCUCACAAGGGUCACUGGUGAUUCUGCUGCCCCAGCAGUCUUCUCAUUGCAGCGUCAGAGCACUUCAACUUUGAUAAGCUCUUCCGUGGCCACCUGCCAAAAUUUUAACACCACCCCCUCGUUCUUUGCAUGGAGCCAUCUUAUCGUGUCAGGU